CGCGGUGCGGCGGGAAGGGCGUCUAAGAAGGAGAAUAAGAAAGGAGAAGCAGGAGGAGAAGGAGAAGAAGAAGAAGUCGACGGCCGCCUGAGUGCGUUUAUGACGGGGGAUGUCGAGACGGCGGAGUCGGUGGUGAAGCUGGAGGUUAGUUGGAAGUUCAAGUGGUGGAAGUUGAAGAUGACGAAGAAGAAGCAGAAGAAGCAGAAGCCAAGGGAGGAAGACGAAGACGAGGCCAGCCAGCAAGGGAUGGCCACGCGACGGCGAGCUGCAGGGCUAGUCAGGGAAGAUGCAGCAGAGAAGAGGAAGAAGAGGAAGAAGAGGAAGAAGAGGAAGAAGAGGAAGAAGACAGAAGAGGGUGAAGAUGAAGACGGUCGAGACGUCGAGAUGGCGCUUUUGGCGACGCUGGCGGAGUCGCUAGUCCAGUCUAUGACCACGACGAGACUCGGACUCUGCUAUUCUACGGUCAGACUAUUCUAUUAAGAAGAAGAAGAGAAGAAGAGAA